GUGCCCGCCGGGACGGGCCGAGCGCUGCGGGGUGCGCUGCGCCCGCGGCUGGCACUGCGCGCCCGGGGCCUGCCGCUGCUCUCGGGCUCCUUCCCCUCCGCCACCCUCGCGGCCCGGGACGCUCCGCUCUGCCUCGCAGGUGGCCCAGGAUGGCCGAGAGACCGGAGGACCUGAACCUGCCCAACGCCGUCAUCACCCGCAUCAUCAAGGAGGCGCUUCCUGAUGGGGUGAAUAUCUCCAAAGAGGCUCGGAGUGCCAUAUCCCGGGCAGCAAGUGUCUUUGUGCUUUAUGCCACCUCAUGUGCAAAUAACUUUGCCAUGAAGGGGAAGAGGAAGACGCUGAACGCUGGCGAUGUCCUCUCUGCCAUGGAGGAGAUGGAGUUCCAGAGAUUCGUAGCCCCUCUGAAGGAGUCACUGGAAGUUUACAGACGUGAGCAGAAAGGGAAGAAAGAAGCGAGAAAAGAUAAGGACAAGAAGACAGACUCAGAGGAGCAAGAUAAGAGCCGAGAGGAGGAGAAUGAUGAUGACGACGAGAGGAUGGAGGAGGAAGAGCAAAAUGAUGAGGAGGAGGUGGACAACUGAGCCUGCUGAGGCAUGCAGAGGGGCUGGGUGUUGUUUGGAGAGCUGUAAAUGAGCCUUGCUGUGUUCCCUCAUCUUUCCAGUAGAGCUUCAGGCUGUGCCUCCGCAGCCUUUUUGGCUUUGACCUGUACAUAGAGGACUUCUGCUCACACUCUCCUGGAGGAAGGUGUCCUCCCAGCUCACAGGGCUUGCCACUGCUUCUGGGCAGUCUGGGCUUUUUAUACUGGGUUGGCUGUGAAAGAGAGAGGAAGAACCAUCAGGUGCUCAGUACAGAAGCAGCCAGAAGAGAAACUGGAACAAGCUCCUUAAACCGAGUCACGAGCUGGAUCCAACAUCAUUAUUAACCCUCUGGGGUUUAGAACCUACACGAUGGUGUUGGCAGGCUGGGAAGCUGAACACUGAAGCUUUUAAUCCAAGUGAUUUGGGGUUUUACUUUGUUUUCUUGCAUUCUGGCUGUGCCUUCUCUUCCUGCUCCAGCUGUGACAGUCAUCCUAUGUCCUUCAGCCAUGCCAGCUGUGUGCAGCUGUACGAGGAGCUGUGGGCUGCUUGGCUGACUCUUGCCCAAGUCAACCUAAGUGAGGAAGAUCGCAGCACUGGAUGUAAAUUAGAUACCCAUAGAGCUUGGUGUGUGUCUUGAAAGGCAUGAGAGGUCCUUCUUUGGCCUCUGACAGUCAUUCCAGAGAGGUAGGCAGGCCCCAAGAGGUUGAUGAUGAGGGGAGGCUCCUUCAUAGGGCCAGCCUCAGACUCCUGGUUUGCAGAAUGGCUGCUGCCAGAAGGUUGGGCUGAAAGCAGCUGUUUGUGUUCCUAGGGCUGGCUCAGUUUGUUCUGUUAUACUUGAACUGGUGGUUCUGAUGCCUUCCCUUUCUCUUCUCUGAGGAAGUAUCUAUUAGCUAAGCUCCCUUGGUGGGGAAAAAUGCUUUAGUGUUUGAUCUUUUGUAACACUGAACACCUAACUCUGAGCUUAACCAAGGGCUGGCAAAGGAAUCCUGAGGAGAGCUUUGGGGCCAUUUCAGUAAGCCCCACAAGUCUGGCUGCUGCGCAGUUUUACCAUGGCCCUUUGUUAACCAAAACCUUGCUGCCCUGCCCUCCUCCUCUUGCAGCUUUUCCCACACAGCAGCCCAGCUCCUGGAAGGAGCUGAAUCAACAGAAACCUUCUGCUGACUAAUAUUUGUGGUGUGCAGUCAGUGACAGAUGAAAAGACCAAGGUGCCAACAGGCUGCCUGAGGCUCCCAGUAACUAAAAAGCCUCCUCCUAGCUCUUCCUCUUCUCUUUUUCCUCUUCUGGUACAUAUCUGGGGUGCACAUUUGGGAUGGGAACAGUAUCUAAAUAAAAGGCAGAUUUUUUGUACAGAAA